AUGAACCCGCUGCGGUCCCCCCCACGGGGUACGAAGGACCGCGAGGUGGCGGCGACCGUGCGCUACCCCUCCGGCACCGGGCCCGGAGCGCUGCCGGCCGCCGCGGGGGGGGCGCCACCGGCCCCCGCCGCCCCCUUGGCCCUGCGGGCGGGUCCCCACCUCCUGGCCAGCAUGCCCCUCCAGAAGCUUAACAGGCAGCACCGCACCGCGGGGGGAGCCGGGCGUCCCCCGGAGUCCGGCUCGCCGCCCGGCUGGGGCUUGGGGACGCAACCGCGGGGCGCGGGGAGCCGCCCCCCCCCGGCCGCCGGCCCCGGCAUCAUCGACUCGGACCCGGUGGACGAGGAGGUGCUCAGCGUGCUGGUGCUGGAGCUCGGCCUCGACAGGGCGGACGAGCUGCCGGAGCUCUGGCUCGGCCACCACGAGUUCGACUUCCCCGCGGACCUGCCGGCCGGCUGCUGA